AUGGCGGUGGAACAAGGACCGCAGCUGAGGUUCCUCAAGAACGUCCAAGAUGGUGGGAGGGAAGUCCAUCACUUUAGCAAUGGGAGUGGAGAUUACUGGAGCCCAAAAUUUCCAGCGAAAACCCGUGGCCCUUUCCUUGCAAUGAGAUCGACAGCUUUGACUUUUCUCGUUGACCUUAAAUCUGAUGUCGUUUCAUCCGAUCCAGAUCCACUCCAGGACUUUUGCAUCGGAGAUCUCAACAUUGUCCCCGGGAUCAAUGGAUUCCCGUGCACGAACUCCUCCACAGUUACUGUGGACGAUUUCAUCUACAGCGGGAUCGUCAACUCCUCCAACACCACAAACAUCAAUCGCUCUGGCGCCAUCUUCGGAACCGUGCUGAGAUUUCCAGGCCUCAACACUUUGGGUCUCUCCAUCGCUAGGCUCGACUUUCUCCCGGAAGGAAUCAUCCCCCCACACACGCAUCCCAGAGCCUCGGAGAUGGUCUAUGUAGAAGAAGGGACCGUCUACGCCGCCAUCGUCACCGCGGACAAUCGCCUGUUUGCCCGAGUGAUGAACAGGGGAGAAGUCAUGGUGAUUCCUCGCGGAUUAAUCCACUGGCAGAUGAACGUAGGAAGGACCAACGCGAAGAUCAUCGCCACUCUCAACUCCCAGCUCCCCGGAAUCCAGUUCAUUGCAAGAUCCAUGUUUGGAUCCCGCCCAGAGGUACCGGACGAGGUGCUCGAGAAGACUUUCUUCUUGGACGAGCGUAGCAUUGACCAAGUCCGAUCUAACUUUGUUUGA